CUUAGCGCAGCUAGCUUGUCGCAGCGAAGAACCAAACGGAGGCAGAGCGGAUCAAUUUGGAGCCACGGCGGUUGAUCGGGAUUAUGCGGCGACACUGAUUGCUGUAUCGGCUGAACACACUGUUUCCUCAUCGCGUCCAUCAGCUGUGACGUCGCCUGAGUCUCCAGGGUUUAGUCUCUACCCAGCCUGUAUGCAGCCUGUCCAGGGCCCAGCCUAAUUCCUGGUGCUCCUUACUUUUCCACCACCUCCUCCCUCCUUUCCCUACCCUCCUCCCCCCUCUGCCCCCUCCCUCCAUUUUCACCCCCACACCCACACACACGCGCACGCACACACACACACACACACACCCACACGCGCACACACAUACACACACACACAAACAGCCCCCGGCCUGGUGUCACGCAGACUGACUACCAGCAUUUAACCCCGGACCGGCGGCCUGGCUGGCUGCCCCCCUACAGGUGGAUGAAUGAAGACCCCAUUCAAGAGCCCAGCGCCCCACGGCCCCCCCGACCAGACGGGGGACAUUCAGGUGUGUCUGCAAACAUGAUGAAGAAGAAAAACUCACACAAGAAACAGAGGACCAGUGUUGGUCCCAGUAAGACUCUGGCUCAGCCCAGAAGGAAUAUUGUGGGCUGCAGGAUCCAGCACAUCUGGAAGGAGGGCAGUAAGUCGUCUCAGUGGAAGGGGACGGUCCUGGACCAGGUCCCUGUGAACCCAUCCCUCUACCUGAUCAAAUACGACGGCUUCGACUGCAUCUACGGCCUGGAGCUGCACAGUGAUGAGAGGGUGGUGGAGCUGGAGGUCCUUCCUGACAGAGUGGCUCCGGCCCGUGUCAGCGACUCGAUGCUGGCUGAAACAAUGAUCGGUAAAGCGGUGGAGCACAUGUUCGAGACGGAGGACGGGCCGAAGGAGGAGUGGAGGGGGAUGGUGCUGGCUCGAGCUCCCAUCAUGACCGCCUGGUUCUACAUCACCUACGAGAAAGACCCGGUCCUCUACAUGUACCAGCUGCUGGACGACUACAAGGAGGGAGACCUGCGCAUCAUGCCCGACUCCAACGACAGCGUGGCGGCGGAGCGGGAACCCGGCGAGGUGGUCGACAGUCUGGUGGGCAAACAGGUGGAGUACGCCAAAGAGGACGGCGGGAAGCGGUCGGGUAUGGUCAUCCACCAGGUGGAGGCCAAGCCCUCCGUCUACUUCAUCAAGUUCGACGACGACUUUCACAUCUACGUCUACGACCUGGUCAAGACCUCCUAAGACCAGAACGCCGGUCCAGGACCCCCAAAAAGACUUAUUGAGACCUGCCUAGACCCACCGAAAUAACCCUACCGAAAUCCCCCAGUGAAGGAAAACUACGGCUAGGGUUUUAAACAUCCACGAUCUAUAGAGACGCCUGAGACAAACAAUAUCAUUCUUUACUCUUUCGCCUUAAACACAAGAAAACAAAUGCGGUUAUGGAAGCCCAGCCCCUUGCCAAGACAGACAAAACUACAACCAGCUCCAAGUCUUCAGGUGUAUCCAGUCAUCUUAUAAUCCAUCAUUAUUGUCCAGAUUUCUUUUGACUCUGUUUGGAUGCUUCCUUCGACACAAAACUGGUUUGUGGGCCCCAAAGAAGACCAGGGAUCCUGUGUUAUAUGGAAUAACUUAAACCUGUAUUGUUAAAUACUAUUUUGGAACAUUUGUGGCGGUAAUACACAAAAACUUGGCUAAAAUCGAAGAAGCGGAGACCGGAUCCUGAGAUCCUCCAGACAAAACAAAAACGUUUUCUGACCCAAAUAUCAUUUGUUCCAGAGUCAAAGCAGGUCUGAAACUAUUAAGGUAAACAGAAAGACCUCAUCCCCCCCUUUCCUGAAACCCUGUCAGACCGCUUAAGCUCUCCGUCGUCAGAGGAAGGGGGACAGACAGGUCUGAGUCUGCCGGGGUUAAUGAAGGGAUGGGACUUUAGGAAGACAGAAACCUGUUGAUGAAGUGAAAGCUGACCCAUCGUCUGUCUCCAUCUGUAUUUAUAGAAAGUGUAGGUGGACUAUUGUGCUAUUAGAGGUCCAAAUACAGAGGAUUUUACUUAACCUGCCUACCUGCAGGUCACCUGUUCACAAACAAAGACGCUGAGUGGAAUAAAGUGUGAAGGAAGCUGUGGAAAAACCAGAGGAUACAGAGACAGACUGUUUUCUUUUUACAUUCUUUUAGCAUUUGGCUUUUUUUUUUUUUUUCCUGAUGCUGCUGAUUCCUACAUUACCCAUAAUGACUUGCAUCAGACAGUGGGAGAGGCUCAGGUGUGUUUGUUUGGCUGCAUCAGUUGGUCCAAAGUGGCCUGUUAGCAUUGUUGGCUGUCCUCAUAAACUGCUCGUGGUCGCCGCCCAGAUUCAGUUUUCAGUAGGAAUGCUAAUGAUGCUAACGAGCUACUUCCCAAGUGGUCUAGAACCUCGAUAAGCAGGAUGAUGAUUAACUAUUGUUCGCACAAACUUUUCAUGGAUUCUGGUCCAGAUGAGAACUAGUUCAGGUCAAAGAAACACUCUUGUUGGUCCUAGAUUAUUUAACAUUUAUAAUCAGUAUAGAACCAUUACUUAAUGGUUUAUAACAAACUAGGAUGUAGUUGUAAGUAGAUAUGGGUUUAUUAAUGUUAAGUAUUUGUCAACAAUUUUAACUUCUACUAUGAAGACAAUAAUUCUACGAGUUAUAGUUUUUAAGUAAUACAUUAAUAAACACUCACAUGGUGUGUUAUAAACCUUUAUUACAUGUUUAUUACUGCUUAUAAAUGUUAAAUAAGGUGUUGAGUUUAUUUUGGAGCAAAGACAAAAUGUCUGAAUGUUCCUUUAAUGGCUUCCCUGGGACAGCUGAUGCAGGAUUGAUCAGUUUAAUAAAAGCCAAAAUGCCGGCACAACUGACAAAUCACUGAACCUGAAGGUAAAACUGUAGCAGUCGUGAUGCCCCGCCCCCUGUCUGAGGCGCACUUUUCUGAUUGGUUGGACUCAAGCACAGCUGUGGUUUGUUACGGUCCAAACCAGUCAUCCAGUGUUCAUCUGUUGGAAGUUGAUUUAUAUGUUUUUAUAAAAGAAAAUCUUUUCCCUUCUUAUCUCUUCUUCUGCUUUCCCAUCAACGCCCUGUAUAGUUACUUCUUUGUUUAUAUGAGCCGGCACAUUCAGAUCGCCUUGUUUUCUUUGUAUAUUAUCUCUUUGUUGGUUUUAUGUCACAUCUCUUCUGAUCUGUGUAUACUGUAUAUGACCCAGUUAGCUGUAGGCUUAUGGCUGAAAUUCACAUUUCAUCCAAAAUGACUGAAGAUUUUAUCCAAACUGCACUCCACAGAUCUGUUGGUGUGUAGGAUUAUUUUGUCUAACUGUUUGCUGACUGACAAAUCUCUCCUUCCCUGAAUGGAGUCUGGGUUGGGGCGCUCUUCCCUUGCAAUCACUUCCUAGCUCCCUAUAAACCACUCUUUUAACAGUUAGACCUCAGUCAGGGGUUGAUGGAGGAUACUCGAUCUCCCACAAUGCUGUGCUCUUACCUGAUGUAGCUUCACCCACCACAGACAUAACUUUAACAUUAGCAUAAACAGCCAUGUUGCCUGAUCCACGUCCCGUGUGCCUGAAGGGACUCAAACAUCUGAAAUUCCUUUUUUUUUUUUUUUCUUUCUUUGUUUUUUUUUUUAAAAGAGCGUAAAUGUUUCCAAACCAGUGCUUUUUCUUUUUGGAUGCCAACUGUUUUAAAUCUAGGACACUCCUGGUUCAAGUCUAUGAUGUGGGUUCCACAACAUUUCGUUCAGUUAUGAAUAUGAUGUGUUCUGAUUCUAGAAUUGAAAGCACCUGCAUUAUUGUUUUAGAAUAUGUUGUUUGAUAUUGUGGAACGUAUUCCAUCAACCUGCCAAUUCUAGUUCUAGAACAUGCAAACUCCGGAAUAUGAAAGUUCAUUCUGUGGAGUUUUUAAUAACACAAAAUUCUCACAGUGUAACCCACACAUACUAAAUUAUCAGUGUCAGGCUGUGGUGUUCCAGAAACUUUUCUUCAAUUUUUUUGGAAAACUUUGAUUUUGUGGAAUGUGUCCCAUCACAAUGUGUGCAACAUGUAUAGAACCCUCCCAUUCUGACAAAAAAAUGUUGAAGGAAGCACAUGUUCGAUUCAUUAGAUUUCCUAGAACGCAUCCCAAAAAAAAAAUCGUGUGAGCCAUUUUUAUACAAACACAUGUUGAAGGGUGAACGCAUUUGCUUUCAGCUUCAGAUUCUAGAGAGACUGAGACUGGUUUUGUAAUCUGGUUUGGAUAUGUGCAUUCUCAAGUCUGGGGUCCGGGAUUCUAGAAUAAUUUGACCACAUUCCUUUUAGAAUCUUUAUUUUUUUGUGUUGAUUUCCCUAAAAAACACAGCUACAAAUUCUCGAACACUGAGACCAGAAACCCACGCGUUGUGAUUCAGGAACACGUCUGGUUUCUCAAUUGAAAAUCUAUUCAAAACAUCUGCAGACGGAGAGGACAAAAAAGGGCAAACGUGAUUUAUUAACUACAUAAAGAUGUUGGCGUUAAGAUGUCAAAACCGUAAACCACAAUUAAUAGUAUUGUAAUCAUAAGAAAACCACUUAUGACAGAGGAAACCUCUACAGUUCCAACAUUCAGAGAGCAGACACUGUUGUUUCUUUGUUUCAGGUAGAAAUGUUUGUUUGAUCUGCUAGCUAGCUCUGCCUUGGUUCCCUCCUCGCUUUCUUCUAUCUAAUCUUUACUCCGGUCACCUAGGAAACGUCCAGAAGUUGUUGGACUGUUUGUCUUUCAGUCCCAUUCAGAGAAAGCAGCCGGUGUCCGCUGAUUUAGUCUCUGCUGCCGUUUAAACCGCCAAAGUUAACCUGGAUACCCACAAUGCACCUGGCUUCAGUGGAUGUUUAGACCGUAGUCAGGCUCCUGGGCGAUGGAUGGGGGGGUGGAGACCAGUGUCUGCGUGGAUCUUCACCCUUCAUGAUGUGGACAUCAGUAGUCGUCUGUUCCGGAGGCGACACCCUGUUCGUAUUUUACAGAAAAACAUUGAUCUAUUGUGUGCGCGUGAGUGCGUGUGUGUGUGCGUGCGUGCGUGCGUGUGAGAAUGAGUGUAUGUGCUGUCGAUCAGCCCCUGUUCAGAGAAGUGUUGUUUUUGCAUGCCUAUAUAGCUCGGUGUAAAUCGAUGUGAGUUGCAUGUCUGUGUAGUUUUCAGUUGUUUGGCUGACUUCUAUCUGUUGUGGCUUUUGGUGCCUUUCGUUUGAUUUCUCCGUUUUUCUUUCCCGGUUUGUUUGUACAGUGUGUUCCAGAGGCUGCUGCUGCUGUUUUUUGGGGUUAUUGAGCAAAAAAUAGAAAAUGAAAACAAAGAAAAAUCCUCCUCCAAACAGAAUUGACAGCAGUUAUUAUCAUGAGGUGAUGACGGGUGUGAAUUCAGUUUCUGGGUGGAUUGUCCCUUUAAAGUGUGCCAACUACAGAUGCCAGUGUUGUACAGCAGUGAAAAGCUUACACUAUUUACUAAAAUAAACCAUUUCUCUGUUUUUUUCA